CUGGCAGGCGGAGCGACGGCCGCGCGGUGCCUCCUGGUUCACGUGCGUCGCCGCGCGGGCUUUAUAAGUAGACGGGCGCGCGCUCCUGGCAGUCCCCUGUCGACCCUCCACAGAUCACCAACUGCCCGUCUGCUUCCCGUGCAUUCGCGAAAAAUGUGGUUUACGUUGUUUUGGGCGGCGGCUGCCGUCGUUAUUGCAUUAUUUUCACCAUUCUCCAUUGUUUUUGCGGUAUCUCUAUCAAUUAUGUUGUGAACCCACAUUUAGACGGAUGGCGUGGAUGAAUGUUAGGUCGACCGCAGCGGCGCCGGGCACUCCUGUCGUCCGCUCCGUGACGCCCCCCGUCGAUCACGGCGAAGGCUGCUACUGGGAUGAUCGCACUCAAGUACUCUAUUUCGUCGACAUCGCCGGGGAGUUGGUGAAUCGCUACGACCCCGCCACCGGCCAAGUCACCAACAUCCACUUCGAGGGCGGCGGCGUGAGUUUGGUGUUGCCUGUUGCGGGCUCCCUCGACGAGCUGGUGGUCACUCGUGGUCACGACGUCCUGCUGGUGCGCUGGGAUGGCAAAUCGGCCGAGCCUGAGAGCGUUAAGGUCAUCAUCUCCGUGGAGGCGGACAAACCGGGCAACCGGUUCAACGAUGGCAAGGCUGACACAACUGGACGCCUCUGGCUUGGUACUAUGGGACCCGAACCUGUUCCUGGUGAUGUGACUCCCAACCAAGGUUCUUUGUACAGUGUCGAUACCAACUCUGACAAUGUGGUGACUCAUCUGAGUCCCGUCAGCGUUUCCAACGGUCUCAUUUGGAGCCAUGACGACAAGCUCAUGUAUUACAUAGACUCUCCCACUGAGCACGUGGAUGUGUUUGAUUACGACAUUGUUACUGGAGAUAUCAGCAAUAGGAGGACUGUGUUCGAUCUGACAUCGAAUAACAUUACCGGCGUUCCCGAUGGAAUGACCAUUGAUGCUAAUGAUAACUUGUGGGUUGCAGUCUUCAAUGGAGCUAAGGUGCUGAACGUGAACCCCAGGACGGGAGAGCUGCUUCGAGUGGUGGACAUCCCGGCUGACCGCGUGACUGACGUGGUGUUCGGCGGCUCCGACCUCUCCACUCUGUACGUGACCACCUCCCGCUACGGCCUCUCCGACGACGAGGUGGCGCAGCAGCCACUGGCCGGCACCGUCUUCGAAGUCACGGGCCUCGGCGUGCGCGGCGUCGCUGGCCACACCGCCAUCCGCAGCGUCCCCCCUCAAUAGUCAAGUUGCUCAAAAAUAUCAUCCAUGUAUUCUAAUCAGUCAGUCAUAAAUGUAUUCUAAUCAAAUUAGCAGUUGUCAUUAAAAAAAAAAGUUGUUCUCAAAUGCAUACGAAGCCUCUUCCUUUGUUUCACCACUAGAUGACGCUUUCUCCACCAGUUGCCGCGUCACCACCAGAGUUGACUACCUCAAUG